AAGCUCAAAGAAAGAAAGAAAAAAGCACCCGCGGCCGCCGUCUCUCUCCUCUCCAUCUCUCCUCCGACGCCAUGGCCGCAGCCCGGAUGCUCCCGCUACUGCGACGCCGUCUCGUAGGCGUCCUCUCUCAGCCGCCCGUUCCUUCCUCUAGAGGACUAUUGUUUCCGUCUCCGACAACCACAGGGUUUAGGUCUCUCCAAACAAUCAUCGAAUCGACCAAUAACGUGCCGCACGGCUGUCGCCAGGACCCGGAGGGUUCCAAAACCUUUGCCCCACCACCGCCAUCUUUGGUACCUGCAGCGCAGUCAAGCUUCAAAGUCAGAGAUGCCUCGAACUUGCAAAUCUCGCCGAGGCAUGACCUGGCAAUGAUCUUCACGUGCAAGCUCUGCGACACGAGGUCCAUGAAAAUGGCCAGCCGGGAGUCGUACGAGAACGGGGUGGUGGUCGCGCGCUGUGGUGGCUGCAAUAACCUCCACCUUAUGGCAGACAGGUUUGGUUGGUUUGGUCAGCCUGGGAGCAUCGAGGACUUCCUGGCAGAGAAAGGGGAAGAGGUUAAGAAAGGCGCAACGGAUACUCUCAACUUCACUCUGGAGGACUUGGCUGGGACUCAGGUCAAGCCGAAGGAAACUUAUGGGGAAAAUUAAGUUUCUUUGCAGUAUGUAGUCUUAUGGUCCAGCUGCUAUAAAAUGGUUAGGGAAAAGAAAUCGGCCGGUUUCAUGGCUUCUCAAGUAGAAUACUACAAGUUGCUAAGUUUUUGCUUAAAACUGCAAUACUGAAUUUCUUGUAGUGUACUACUCCCAUUUUGUAGCAGAUUUGGAUUGUGUAUUAUCAUCCUUGUUCCAUCAUGUUCCUGACGAAACAAGAUA